AUGAAAUUUACACUCAAAGGAACACAAGGAAAGGCUGUGUUCAAAUCCAUAUCAGUCUCUAUUUUUUUCUUGCUCACCUUAGUUUUCUUGAGAUAUGGCAUCCUUAUUAAUAAUACAGGAAAUAACCAUAAGGAGCCAUUGAAUUUGGAAGACAUCGUAUUGCAAAAGUUUCGACCUACGUAUAAACAGAUUGAUUGGAUAUACAAUGAGAAAUAUAGUGAUACGUUUCUUGUGAAAGAGAAUGAAUCUUUAUAUCUUCGCGAUCCUUUUAAUUUAGAUGAAUUACUAUUUUCUGAUGCUGAUCUUGUGUACAAGGAUCGACGUAUCGUUUAUGAUGGAUAUUCUGUUUCUGCAGAUGCUCGAUUUGUUUUAUUAUACGUGAACAAAACCCAGAGGUGGAGACACUCAUUUACAGCUUCUUAUUAUUUAUUUGAUACCAUUGAAAAAGAAGUGAGACCGCUAGUCCCCGAGGAAGAAACUCUGCGUGUAAGCUUGGCCGUUUGGUCACCCACAGGACAUCGAUUGGCUUUUGUAUAUGAAAAUAACCUACACGUUCUCACAGAAAGUAAGGAAAUUAUGAGACUUACGACCGAUGGAAAUGAAAGUGUGUUUUAUGGAUUGUCUGACUGGAUUUAUGAGGAAGAGGUUCUAUCAAGCCCUUCGACAAUAUGGUGGUCUCCAGACGCUCGUAAAUUGGCAUUUCUUAGGUUAAACGAAAGUGCUACGCCAAUCUACCAGUUUCCCUUAUAUACUAGCGAAAGUGAUACUUCAAGUUUUGAAUUUAAUUAUAACAAGGACAUUCAAAUCAAGUACCCAAAAGCUGGUCAACCGAACCCAACUGUUUCGUUACUAUUUUCCGAUUUGGAGUCUGAUGACACGUAUUCGUUGCAUUCUUGGAAUGACCAUAUUUUUGAAGAAACGGUGGUACAAAAUUUGCUCUGGAUCAAUGACUCAACCACACUUGUACAGUUUACCAAUCGCAACAGUACCUGCAAGAAGGCUGAUUUAUUACACUUGGAAACGAAAUCAAUUUCGACCGUUUUUAGUGAGUGUCUUACCGAUGGAUGGUUUGAGGUGCAACAAUGUGCAAAGACACUGCCUGAGAAUGAUCCAAGGUAUCAAAUGUGGACCAAUGGAUUUUUUGAUAUUAUGCCUUAUCAAGAUAACAAUCAUUUGGCUUUCAUUCCUUUCAACGAAUCUUCUCCCAUCUUUCUGACUUCUGGAACUUGGGACGUUACCGAAGGACCAUUAUCCAUCGAUGCUUUUCGAGUAUACUUGUAUUUCAUUGGAACGCUGAAAGAUUCAUCAGAACGCCAUUUAUACUACGUUUCCUUGGAUGAUUAUGAAGUACAUAAUGUUACUGAUGAUGGUGUACAGGAUGGUUACUACUCGACUAGUUUCUCUCCUUCAGGUAAUUUUUAUGUAUUGAAUUAUCAAGGUCCAAAAAUCCCUUGGCAGGAACUUCGUUCUAUUCAGAAAAGCGAUUUUGCAGUUCGAAUUGAAGAUAACAAACAUUUGCAUAAAAUGUUGGCAUCGUACAAUCUGCCGCAAAUCGAAUAUGGCAAACUCAAUGUAAACAAUACCAUACUGCCUUACAUGGAGCGAAAGCCGACAAAUUUCAAUCCUUCCCAUAAGUACCCUGUUUUGUUUUUCGCUUACGGCGGGCCCGGUUCUCAACAGGUGUCUAAACUUUUCCGUGUGGACUUCCAAACAUAUCUAGCUUCGCAUCCAGAUUUUGAGUAUAUAGUAGUGACUGUUGAUGGUAGAGGAACCGGAUUUAGUGGGAAUAAUUUCCGCCAAUCUGUAUAUCAAAAUCUAGGUGUAUUGGAAGCAAAGGACCAAGCAAGUGCUGCUGAACAUUGGGCGCAUCUUCCGUUUGUUGACCGAGACAAAAUUGCUAUUUGGGGCUGGAGUUUUGGUGGCUAUCUAACGUUGAAAACACUGGAGACUUCCAACGUGCUUUCGUACGGAAUGGCUGUCGCUCCUGUUACGGAUUGGCAUUUGUACGACAGUAUUUACACAGAGAGGUACAUGAAUUUACCAAUCUUGAAUGAAGAUGGUUAUGAGAACUCAAAAGUACAUAAUAUUGAAAUGCUUAAGGAAAAAAAGCGCUUUUUAAUUGCACACGGUACAGGAGAUGAUAAUGUACAUUUUCAACAUGUGAUGCAUUUCAUGGACCAAUUAAACCUUGCAAAUUGCUACAAUUAUGAUAUGGCUGUUUUUCCAGACAGCGCUCAUUCUAUAAGCUAUCAUAAUGCUAGUCUUGCGAUAUAUCAUCGUUUGAGUGAAUGGAUAUUUACAGCUCUUUAG